AUGUACACCGUGUCCGCUGACAUUCUUCUAGAGAUGAGAGAAGUUCGAGCUCAUGAGCAGUUGAAAAUGGACGGGGCGCUGACCGAAUACAAGCAGAGUCUGGGCAGAGCGAUGUUCGUGUCGCACCAGUGGCUUUCGGAUCACCAUCCGGACCCUUGCGCGGAGCAAUUCAAGGUGCUGCAAGAUGCGUUGAGAAAUAUGCUCUCCGGGAGGAGUGAAGUUCAAGUCCCACCUGUCAUGGAGAUCCAGUAUGGCCGCAUGAAAACUCCUACAUCAGCCGGCAUGACUUCGAAACAGUUCUUUGUUUGGUAUGAUUAUUUUUCGUGUCCGCAGGGCAGUGACUUCGCAUCUGCACACUCUCGGCAAUGUGCGAUCGACACCAUCGUAUCUUAUGUGGCACGAUGCGAGUACUUCGUGAUACUUUGCCCUGCAGUGACCCACGCAAACCAAGCCGUGCUGGGGGAGGAUGCCUGGGCGACCAGGGGGUGGUGCAGGCUCGAGCGGCUCGCAAGAGAACUUGCAGAACGCGACGAUGGCUUCGUGAUUGUGGUGCACAGUGCGCUUCACCAAAGCUUAAUCUUCAAUACAAGCCGGCACCUGGAUGCUCCUGGUGCGGGACAUUUCACUUGGGAAACCGACCGGUUUCGGAUCGUGGGCGUCAUUGUGCAGAUGAUUUGGAAGAAGUUGCUCUACUUCCUGGAGCAGGGUGACUUCCACAACUAUCGGUUUUUGCUGAACACACAAAGUCCUUGUUGCCUCAGGGACCUAGAUGCACUUCCUGUUGAAGGCCUGGUGCCAGGCUUUGCGCCACGAAGCGACCCCUUCAAUGACGAAGAGGCUUUUGUAGUGGAGUGGUUCCUGCACGAGAACGGUUUCCAGUCAGUUCAGGAGCGGGACUCUGCAGGCUGGACGCCCAUCUGUUACGCUGUCAUGGCUGGUAAUCCAGGCCUGGUGCAGGCUUUGCUAAAGCAGAGAGCAGACUGUAACGACCGGAUCACGCGCCACAAGCCCGACAUCGGCUUUUGCAAGAACACGCCUGCCCUGGCCUUGGCUGCCCACUUCGGAAACAACGACACUCUCCGGGUGCUCUUGAGAUCCCGGGCCGACGUGCAUGCCCGUGCUAGCCACAGAGGCAUCGCCUUGCACUCGGCCUCUUUCGCAGAUAACGUCGAAGGUGUAAGACUCCUCUGUAGUGCGAGAUCCGACCCUGGGAAGAGGGUGUUGCCUGGUUUGGAUGCCUUUGAGCUGGCCUGCUCUGCAGGAUCCUGGAGAGUUAUAGGCGAGCUUCAACCCGAAAGAAGCAUCCCGAAGCAUUCCCUACACUUUGCCUUGAUGAUCAGUGGGGGUUCAACGGCCUGCAUAUCCACUUUGAUCCAAGCAAGAGCGCACGUUAAUGAGCAGCUCCGACUUGAGCAGCCGAUGUGGCGGAUCGUGUUUACGGCUCUGAGCAUCCGGCAUCGGCUCAGUCCCUCUGCUUUGACGACCCUGGCCUAUCAACACCUUGGAGCGACUCCCCUCAUGUUCAGUGUCCUGACCGGCAACUUCAAGGCCACCGCCCAACUCCUCGAGGCCCAAGCUGAUGUGGAGAUGCGGAAUGCGCGGGGAAAGACUGCCGUCCACUUCGCACGACAGGCGCAGGCCCCAGCAUCUCUGAUUGAUGCCUUGGAGGGCUGGGCGGUGCCGGCAGAGCCUCGCUGUCCUUUGCCUGGAAGGGCAUGGCAGAAAGGUCAGGCGGUAUCCAACGAUCCCCUCAUCUCAGUCGCCCUCUGA